CAUUCUUUAAUGGGCAAGCUCUCCAGCCUGCCAAGGGUUGGGAGAUCUCCCUUCUGCACCUCCCCAGCCCAGAGCUGUGCCACCUCGCUGACUGAAGAGGGCUAGCCGUCUUGGGCUCCUGGCAUCCCCCUCCUGGCGGCCAUGCAGGGUUUCCCCGCCCCCUGGGUCCCCCCUAUCCCACGCCCACCUUUCUGCCCAAAGGUCUCGUUCUCAUGCUCUGCCUGCUCUCUUCUAGGCUGCGCAGGCUCCGAGCCCUCCUGGCUAGGCGGUCCAGCCGAGUGGCCCCCCUGGCCGCCCCAGGGGAGUCUGCAGCCUCCAGGCCAGCUGCCCCCCGGAGGUGGUGGGUCCUGUGCGGCCGCACCAACCGGGUGGGCCCUGCUCCUUCGCUGCCACUGGUUGGGGGCUGCAGCCGGCCAGAGCCAGCCGAGCCCCCUGUUGAGGAUGCUGGAGCUCCAACACCCAGCAGCCUCAUCAAGGCCAGGCUCCGCCUUGUGGAUAAGGCCAGACCGGAAAGUGAAGAAGAAGGGAAGGACCGGAGGGACCGGGUCUCGUUCCUGAAGACCCUGAUCGAGGCCUGCAGGAACAGCCUCCAGAGAGGGGAACGCCGCCUUGCCUUCUCAAAGGGUUUGGCAGCCCAGGCCGUGCUGGAGGAGAUGGAGUAUACCUGGGAGGACCCCCUGCCUCCCUACCUCUUCUCCCUCUGCGCGGAGGCUCUCACCUUGCUGAGUCGGAUGAAGCCCUGCUUCUGCCAGAGCAGGGAACAUAAAAUCGUCUCCGGCUGCCUGUUCUGGAUGAGCGUGAUGCCAGAGCAAGGGCCACAGCAAGACCAGGAGGACCUGUUUCUGCCACCUGAGGAGGCCCUGCAGGGCCUGCUCAGAGCCCUCCUUUCUCAAAGGCCCAGCCUGGAGCACCUCAUCCAUAUCACUGAGGCCAUUAAUAGUGAGGUGGAAACCAAAGACGAGCAAGAGGAGGCGGUGGCAGAAAGGGCUGGCUGUUUGCUGCUUGAUCUGGCGACUGGGCCGCCCUUCUACUUUGAGGCAGAGAAGAUUAAGCCCCUGCUGCCCUUUGCGGUUCUUCAGGUGUGGAGGAUGGCAGCCCAGGCCAAAGACCAAGACAGCACUUCAUCUAGUGAAGAGGACCUCCUCCAAGAUGUUGAGUUCUGGGAUGACUGAGGGCAAUCAGCUCAUGGACACUGGACAAGCUUGUGGCCAAAAUCAGAGGAAGUUACAGCCCUACAUUCAAGAACGGGAAACAAGAAGUGCCCGAGAAACAGCCCACACGGUCCAUAGAAGGGAGAGAGAAAUCUAAGCAAGCAAAAAUCCAAAAAUAUUCUAAAAAACAGGAAUGAAAAGCCAGUGUCUCCUGAAGGCUGGUCUCAAGGAGGAAUUCAUCUUCAGAGAGAAGACUUGGAUUGGCAUCACAUCAGCCUUGGCUCUGCUGCUUGUGCUCAGCGUGAUAGGAAACGUUAGGUUCCUCUUCUGCAGCUCCCGAGAGGAACGCAAGCGUGGCAGAUAUACCUACUACCCGCUGCAGGACAUGAAUGGGGAGGCCGGCCACGAUUGUCCAUGGGACAAGGAAGACCAAGUGGAGGACGCCUGCGCCCCACCUCAGCCUGUGUCAGCAACGCUGUUCUUACAAGAGAAGCCAGAAGACGCUCUCCGUGGCUCAGAUGUUUGGGCACCAUAGUUGAACAUUCUGGUCGUCUUCCAGUGCAGAACCUGGCUGCUUCUCUUACGGGCCUGUGCUCUCUGAAACGGGCCGCUGUCCUCACAAGUAGGUCUACCCAGGGGAAAGGAGCCUAGGAGAUCCUAGGGUGACGAUCUGAUAUUUUGGUUCCUGAGGUGGAAAAUCCAGCUGCUGACCUCUGGUGGGGGAAAACUAAUACGGACCUAAGACUGCCUUAUGCAAGGUCUGGAAUGCCGCCUUGGCAACGCCAGGGUUAUGCUGCUAAGCAUCUAGGCUAUUCCCAAGGCUAUUCCCUUAUCAGCUUUUGUCCUAAAGAAGCGUGCAAAAAUGUGAAACACACACUGGAACAGAGAACUGCAUUCCGGCAGGCCUCUCCGUGAACGUUUUAGACAUCUGAAAUGUCUUGUCUGCACCAGCUAAACAGAUAGCAACAUUUUCUAGGUGGAUUGAUGGGGAUUUAGGGGACGCUGAGACUCCUCCUGCUGCCAAAUUAGGAAUGAUGGAGAGACAGGCUGCUGGGCUUUCAGUCUGAGAGCGCCCACCAACGCAGCCUUUUAAGUUGAUCUAGCUUCAGGUGCCUUUUUAAGGAUGCGGAGACAAGUGAGAGGUGGCUUAUUACCAUGUAAUAUUUGACAAAGGCAAAACCUCACGUAGAAAGAAUGGAUUUCUUAACCUCUUUCCCCUUAUUGUAAUUUUUUUAAAAAAAUGGUCAUCUGUGCCAUCUAUCUGAGUCCCAUGAGUUAACCAAGGUUUGUUUAAUGACUACUAGCCAAGAGGGCUCUUUUAAAAAAUAGUCUAGUGAUGGUGGCUAAAUAGAGCCUCCAGAUUCAGGAGCAGUGUGCCUCUUCAUUCCAGAUGCAAACAGGGGAUAGCCAUCACACCAAGUGGAAACAAUAUCAAACCUACAUAGAUCUGUGGAUGGGUCUAGUCCAGUGGGUACUUAUUUUCUUCUUCGUUUGCUAUAUGAACUGCUUUGAACGUUGCUUUUGUUUUAAAAGCAAUGUGUCAAUACUGUAUUCUUAAUCAUAAUGAAGUUGACUCUUAGGCCUUAAUGAAGAUGGCUUAGGCCUUUAACUUAUCACAUCAGAAUUUUUAAGUAUUUUGAAAGAUGUAGAUUUACUUCAAGAAGGUCAACAGCCUUCCAGUUAAUUUAUUUUAAAGUUUUUAGGCCUGUCUGAGCCAGAAUAUUUAAAUCUCUUGGUUCCCUUCACACCUCUUUUUGUACUGACUGCCAAAGACUGCGGGUUGUGCCACACUUGAACCAUGUGUCUAUGUAUAUAUUUCGGAAUCUAUUUUAUUACCUCUAAUAACUUUUAUGAAAGGCUUGAACAAACCUGGUCUGAAGGAAUCAGCUUUUUAUUGGGUAUAUCCAGUUUUGUAUUCCUGGAAUCAUCCUUUGAUCAGUGGUGAGUUAGUGGGCAAAGAAGGGAAAACAUGGUAAUUUCAUGCCAGGAUAAGGGGAAAUGUGUCUCCUUCACCUUUCUGCUAAGAGGAAACAGUAUUCCUAGCUUAACUUGCAGUAUCUGAUAAAUAGAGGGGAAUUAUUUCAUUCCCUUUCUGCUUCUGAAGCUUUAAGGUAAGAUCUUAAGAUCACAUCUUCCUCUUGCUGUAUUAUGUAUGUCUUUGUCUUGACCUUUUUUAAAGCUAGAAAAAUCAAUCUAGAUAGUUUCAAGCUACUGUUUCCAUUACAAAAAUAACCUACAAAUUAAUCCUACAUGUUCCCACUGGCAAGAGAACAUCUGCUGUGAAUGUUUAAUGCUGUGAAUGUGUAAAUGUUUAGUGCCAUACUUACCAAAAAUUCAUCAAUACCAAUCAGAAUUCUUAGAUAUAGCUUCUGAUUCCGUUACUGGAAAAGUGAUACCAUGCCCGAUUCCUUGGAAUUGCCCACUCAGACGACUCAUUCCCCUGGCUAAAGGGCUGUAUGCACACACAUAUAUUCACCCACCCUCUUACUGAAAAAUGCAGGGAUCAAAAAGGUGCAUAAAAACACACUCGUUUAUUAGGAAUCAAAACUUAAACACAAGCAGACCAGUUUUCUUCUCUUCCAGCUUGUAAUAAAUUACAAAUGACAAAAGCAA